AGAUUACAAAGGCUAUUGUUUCUUGCCUAUUGUUUGUUCAUCGCUCAAUAAGGUUGAAAGAGCUUUGUAGUCGCUCGUUGAUUAUGUAGAAGGCAGUCUCUCGCAUGAAGUUGCUGGCGACUUCUGUGUUGCGAUAAACUGCUGAAGCCGGCUUUCUAAUAAGGGUGAGCAGCUGGAUUUUUGACACUGAUAACCUCAACAGAGAUGAGGAGGAUGUCGUCUGGCGAGAGCAUCUGUACGAAUUACAACUAUAAGGUCUCUUCCAAUCAUCAGUUGUCGAACGUGAAGUUCGCUGGUUGUUCUUUUGCUAAGUACGCGAACUGUUUGGACAAGGAAGACAUAAAAACUCUCUCCAUUGGUAAACUGCUUGGCUCUGGAGGAUUCGGAACAGUGUACGAAGGAUUUUACAAAGGCAGGAAAGUAGCAGUAAAGAAGCUUCAUUUUAAUAGGAAAAAUCCACACGCGAUUACGGAAAGUUUUGUUGCCGAGGUUUCAGUAGCUUCAUUACGCCAUAAAAAUAUAGUAAGAGUGUUAGCAGUUUCUGCACUGGAAGCUUCUUGUCGUCGUGAUAUUUAUAUUGUAAUGGAAUAUGCAGGAAACAGGAAUCUACACAAUGUCAUUGACUGCGAAAAGGAGCGAAUUACUGACACGAGAAGAGAUAGAUACGCAGUUGAUAUUGCAAGUGCUCUAUCUUAUAUACACCAGCGCAGAGUUGCUCACUUGGACUUGAAACCCGCUAAUAUUCUUGUCACCUGUCAGGAUUCGUGUAAACUCGGCGACUUUGGCUGCUCGAAGAUUCUUCCUGAGGAUGGACAGUGCUCGCCUGCUACGCCUACAAACUCCUUUCUUACUGCUCUCUCAUACCGUGCGCCGGAGCUCCUUAAAGGAGAGUUUCCUUCAAACAGAGCUGAUAUGUACUCGUAUGGCAUUUGUUUAUGGCAGCUUUUAACAAGAGAAAAACCUUAUGGAAGUGAAAAUUUGUAUGUUGUGAUAUUUGGAGUUGUUGCGUAUAAUUUGAGGCCAACUUUUUCUAAAGAAAUCAGACGGAAAUAUAACAUGUAUGUACAGCUGUGCGAGGCGCUUUGGAAAGCGGAACCAAGCGAAAGACCAGAUGCUUCUACUGUUUUAAGGGUAUUGCGGACAAAGUUGCGAAAGAAGUCGCUGGGCAUGAGCCAGCGACAGUCUUGGAGAACUUAAAAGUAUGAAAAUGCUUAAUUUUUAACAACAAUUUUUGCAAUACAACAUUUUUGCAAGGGUUUUGUCUGCUAAUAGCUUAUUCCGACCAACUACUCGAAAUUAUGGGGAAAGUACUCUACCUUAUAUUAUCAAGUCAUCUACAUAUUUUGGGGAUUUGAUCGCAGAAAGAAAAGGUCAGAAAACUAAGGCAAGAUCUACAAAGAAACAUUUCCUAUAAAAGAUGCUUUAAAAAGAACUUUGAAGAGCUUGCUUUUUGAAAAAAUUCAAAACUGUAUUACAACAAACACCGUCUUUUGCUGGAGCAAAAUAUGUAAUAAAAGGCAAUACCAUUGUAUUGUACGAGAUACCCAUUCACAUAAAAAGUGUUUUUCCAAUAAUGAAGAAUUUCGUCUUUCACAAGCCCUCCUAGCUUGACCCAGUAUCCCGCUAACAGAAGCUCCCUUUCACGGCCAGAUCGUCCUUUUUGACUAACGAAUCUCUAUUGCACCAGGUUUUGUCGAAUCGAGAACCCCGUUGACAGUGCAAAAUUUUGUCGAGCUCGAUUUUACAAAAUAUUAUUGCAAAAGCGAAGAAUAAAGUUUUUUUGGCAUUUUAAUUUAUGACCUCACUUUUGAAAAGCGUCGAGAUGAAGAGCUAUGUGUAGUCGUCAUCAUUUCAGCGCCCUUUGCCUGGGGUUGAUUAUGAUUUUUGACGAAACCACACUACAUUGAGGCAUGGCCUGCAGUAGCUGACUAUUUUAAGGACGAAUUGUGUACAUUUCGACGAAAUUCUGUUCCCUUGCUCAUUUUUAAAUUUAGGCCAUACUGUGUGACACUAGACCGCACCACACAGUCCGAGGAAGAUAAAUUUUAUUUAUUCACUCUUCAAUUCAGUCGAAAAGACAGAAACUUGCUUGAUUCUUGAUUAAACUAAGUCCAAUUUUCUGAAAACUCAUUUCAGCUAUUGUUUUUUUCAUAGAUGAUAAACUUUAGUCAAGUUUGACAAAGUCUGACCGUGAAAAAGGGACUUAGUUUUCAGACCCUCUCUUUUCUCGCAAUAAUUUCAUAAGUGACGAUCACCAGGUUAAAAAAUUCUCCAUGUACCGGCCUUCAGAUAUUUGAAUAUCACCAUGAACAAAUUACUCGUUACAAUGGCUGAGAGAUGAAAAUCAUAUGCCACUCAUAGGCCUGAAUGAAUCACACACAUUUAUAUGAAAUAUGGAGAUUGUCACUUUAAUAUUUAUGGAGCUUGUGAAAGUUAGAUAAAAAGAAAGCGUAGCAAAAAUUAUUCUCCAGAUUCUUCGGAUCUGCUUUGAUAUUCAGAUAUUUUCUACAAACAUUUAAGAAUAUGCCGUCAUUAUCCUAAAAUUGUCCCCAAUGUAAGAUUUGUAAGUAAGGGAUUAUUUUUACCAUUAAAACUUUGUACCGUUUAAGCUAUGGCAGUGUAUAAGAAUUAUAAAUUAAGUACCCUUAACCCUUGUGUAGAAUCCUGUUUGUAGGUGAUGGGACACACCAGUGAUGGUGGAUUGGAAAUUGAAUUGUAAUCAACUUAUUUGUAAGCAGUAAAAUCUCUGUUUAUCGUUCGUGUUGAGGUCUUUUGGGAUUUGUUGACAUAUACUGUUUCCAGCAAACAAUAUUUUCUUGCCUUUUGAGAACUGUUAGAGCAGGCUGUAACAUUGAUUUGCUUCGAGUCUUUGAGCCAACAUCAGAUAUGCUGCCACCCUAAAUAACGCCUAAAAACGUUCUAAAAUCUUAGAGUUCUGGUAACGAAUGAUGAAUACGAACAACUAAGAAUGUGCACAUAGCUUUCAUUUGCAAUGAAGAAACUCGGUUCAUGUCGGGGAUACUGGCUCUUUUGACAAAAAAACCAACUUGGGUACCUAGAGUCUAGAAAAGUUGUUAACCUUCCUUCAGACAAAAACAUCCCAGAAGGCAAACAUUCCUCACAAAACAAUAUAAAGUGGGCGUGGCUUGGGUGUGUCCUAGGAGCUGAUAUUGUUUCUCGUGGAUCUUCCUCCGGUCAGUGGCCGUGCGACCGUAAUGUUUUCCUGCCUGUGAACCAGAGCCCAAGUAAACGGGCGGAGAAAGGACUUUACUUUUAAAAAUUUACGUUUGGAUACCCAGGGUACUCAAAAAUCAAGUUCACAAUAGUUAUGGGAUAAAAUGUGAAGGCAUUGCUUGACAAUGAGCACGCACAUAUCGCUGUCUGUACUUCUAGGCCAUUAUACAAUGUACCCUGCUCUCAAAGUAUAAUCCUAAUCCUUCGAUAACACGAAUUAAUUCUUUUUAAGAGGGAUUUUAUGCUUACGUUUAGCUUGUGCAUGCAUAAAAGUAGUAACUAAACUUAUAAUGCAUUGAAAAGUAAUGCCUUCAACCGUAGAAAUGAAAUAGGCAACAUUUUAGGCGUAGACCUCAGCAGGCAAAUUAUGAAAUCAAGAUUGAAAUAAGCCAAGCUUUGUAGAAUUCUUGUACAAAUAAGCACUUAUGUGCUGAUUUCAAGUCUUGUUUGAUGUAUUGCCGCUUGAUCAAAUACACUUUUGAAGGCACGUGCAUCUUAGGACCCUUUGACCAUCGGUUGCAGGCAUCUUCUGUUAUUGCUGACAACUGAGUGGCCUAUUGUCCAAGUUUCACUUCUUACCAGCUUCCUAACACUGCUUUUCCAUAGCUAGGACAGUUAAAAUCCUUUAAAAUACUUUGAAACCAUGGCAAUCUUCGGUUAAAGGGGAGCAGCAGAGUACCAACUGGUUUGGGAACUGUGUAGCCCUUUCAUCGGAGCAAACAUUGCCAAGCGCGCAUCAGCCUCAGUGCAAACAUCGUCAGGUGCCUCGGAGCCAUAUCUUUGUUGCAGCCAUGCUUCGUUUAAAAUUAAUCUUGUUAUCUAUGUUUUGUUCAUCCUUUGCUAUAUUUGUGAUUGUUUAUGAUAUUGCUGUAUUUAUAGUUUGAUAACGUUAUCCGGGGUAUUUAUUAGCUAUCUGUUUGUGUUUCGUCGUGAUUUCUUGUGACGUCCAGAAGUCACUUUAAACACGCUACCUCUUUACAUUGCACAAAGUUAUCAUUUAGUGUUCUUGAUAUAAUUAAUGCAGGCACAUAGUUGUAAAAGAUCGAUAUUAAAUCAAGAACAACAUAAAGAACACUCAAACCUAAAAUUAUUCAAACAUAAGAAAAUGAAGCAUCGGCAAAAAUUGUCUGUUCUUAUUAGAAAAGGUUGUAAUCGUGCAAUAUCAUAGAGAAGAUAAUUUUUGCAAUGCUUACCGUAAAUUCUCUUCCAAGCCCCCCUCUCAAUUAAGCCCCUCUCUUAUAAGCUCCCUUAUCAGAAGGAAACAUUUAAUUAACCCCCCUCUCAAUUUAGCCCCUCCCAAAAUUUUUACUGAUGCCGAAAUAAGUAAACUUGACAAAAACAGAUAUUUUAUUCAUUGGUCUUUCAAUACUUCGCAUCAAAUUGCACCAUGUCUUUUCCAGUCACGACAGAAACGAAGACAAAGAUUUAAUAUGCAUUACUCCGAGGAAUGAGGUCGACCUUUUCGAGUGCUCGAUUUCAGAAGGCGACAUGGCCCAAGAAGUUAUUUUAGAACUAAUAAUUUAUGACGAUGACAAUAUUACUGAUAUUGAAGGCUGAUUUUAUGUUUUUUAUUUCGCAAAUAAGCAAAAAAUUAGUUUACCACUGCAAAUGAUAUUUUAUUACAAAUAAUUUUUAAGCCCCCCCUCUCAAUUUCGCCCCCUCUCUUUCACAAGCCCCCCUUUCAAGUGCUGAAAAACAAUAAGCUCCCGGGGGGGGGGGCUAAAAGAGAAUUUACGGUAAUGCAUAGAUAAAUGACGGUUUGAUGGGGGGGGGGGUUCAAUGCUAGAAGUUAACGUCUUUGCUUCUCGCUUUGGUUUCUGAUAUUUGUUGUGACAGGUUCCCGUGUUAUUUUUGCAACAUUUAGGCCAGACAGAUUUUGCCAACCAUUUUUUGUAACCUGGGGUCGGAGUUACUUCUUGAAAAUGCAGUUUUUGAAUUUUGAAUACUCAUUUCCAAAGUUUCCGUAAAGACUGGAAAUGGCCAUAUAUGCCCCCUUUUCAUAUUGGGCAAGGGUGGUGGAUGCUAUUAUUUCUUUGACGAUAACCAUCAACAGCAUUGCAAUGGGUAAUUGCCUUUGUUUUCAGAAUUUUACUGAAACAGCACUUAAAGGUGCUUUUAUCUGAUGCCAAAUUGUGUAGGUAGACCAUGGGUAGCAACCAAUGAUCCGCGUGCCAAAAUUCGUCUCACGAAAGUAAUUUUUUGUGGCGAAAUGAAAUUAUAUGAUAAAAAAGGCUAUUUGUGCCAAUUAACAAAAUUUUAAACUUUCGUAACAUGCAAUAAGAUUUCAUAAUCUUAAAAGUUAUGAAGACUUUUGUUAUGAAGUUAUGAGUUAUGAAGAAGAUUUUGACACCUGUAUCAAAAGUCAGUUAAAAGCUGUGCAUCCUUUUUUUAGAGCUGAUAUCAGUAAACGUGGCGGCUCAGAAAAAAGUCAAUGGCAUUAGAAUUGAUUUUCCUUUCUGUAUGGCUUCGAGUUAGUGCAUGUAUAGAUUCUGGAGAAAAUUUUACUUCAAUUACAUUUUACAUAAGUCAAAGUAGUUGGUUUAUGAAUAUAAAAUAACAGUGGUCGUUUUUCUUACCCUUGGCUUGCUUAAAAAAGGUUCGAAAAAUUUUUCUUUACUUAAAAGGUUACUAGCCCUGGUCUAAACUUAAAUUAAUCUCAUUUUAAAAUUAAUCGAAAAAAGGGAAUAUCUGAUAUCUAUUUUAAUAUCGCCUGCUAUUUUGCCCAUCAUUUCAAUUUAAAUUUUAAAUUUGCACGUAUGCUGUUUACAGAAAUGGUAUCGCAGGUGGCAUAAAAUGCAUGGCAUCCAUGUGAUUGUCGAGAAUUAUUCAUCGGGAGAGAAACACAAGGAAAAAAUUCAUUGUAAAACAGUAUUUUGUAAAAAAGCCCUUCUGUCAAGCAAAGAGGCGGGGCAAUGGCCCCCGGUCUUCCGUCGUCGGAGCGAUCAUCAUUUAAGCAUGUACACAGGGGCGGAUCCAACAGAAAACCCGACUGAGUUCCAGGCCAAGGCUAGGGUCUUUCAGAUAAUGCAUUGAAUAUUGUGCCUUAGACAACAUUAUUAUUUAUAUUUAUGCAUUUUGGUACCAUGGGGGUGGGUGGGUUUGUACUACCCACUCACUAAACUAGAUUCUAGAUUUCUUUUUGACAAAAAAGUGCCUCUGUUUAAAUUUGUGUAUCCCCCUCCAUUUCUCAAGACCCUUUUGUUUGUCUUGGAUGCCAUAGCAAAGUUUUUCCAUUAUAAUAACCAGCCAAUCAACUACUGGCUAUUGUACAGCUCUCUUCAAAUAUGGUAUCAUUUCCGAGUUCCAGAUGCUGUUUUGACUGAGUUCCACAUAGUGUUCCAAACAAAAAUUUCAUUGUUUCAAUUAAUUCACUUCCGAGGCACAAACAAUUUUUUUCCGAGUUCUAGGAUUGACUUUUGUUGUCCUCCACAGCGUCUGGGAAAUCGUUUCAAAAUUACGACAGAGAAUUGUACAAUCGAAAAUCAGCGAAAUUUUAAAAUAAUUCUUCCCUGAAUGCGGAGACUGUCCUCUUAAAUAUUUAAUAGUGAUGCAUUUAUGGUAUUCUAAUGUACGGAAACAUCCAAAACGUGAACAAACUGGUCUUUUGCAUUUUGUUUCCACUUUUAGAUUUUAGGCCGGGCAGAAGUGAUAAUCAGGGAAGUAUUUUUAGUCCGUAGUGCAGACUUGUGCUUUUUCUGUAUGCUGCUGGCUGGUCUGUCUUCCGCACUGGGUCCACGGAAGUGAAUAUUUAUGAUAUGGUUUGAGAAUUUUGGCGUACUUGGUUUUUUUUUCAUAUUUUUUCAUAUUUUUUCAUAUUUCGCAGUAUUUCGCAGUAUUUCGCAGUGUUUCGCAGUAUUUCGCAGUAUUUCGCAGUAUUUCGUUGAUUAUAAUAAACCAAUGGAAUAAGUGGAUAGGAGGAAAUUUAGUAGAAAAAAGAGAACAUACACUUUUCCUAAACGACCAUAAUGGAUGGCCCAGACAGCUUGAACAUUUUCGUCUCCGUUUUAGACGUUGCCCAGGCAAUUGGACAUAAUUUUAGGCUUUUGUCUUACUGUCUGACAUUCGUUCAAAAUUUUUCUCCGUAGUCUCUAGAGUAUCUAGGUAUGUUAUCAGGGAUUGAAGCAGAUUUAAUUACUACCCUAUACAAGCACCGUGCUUUUUGCGGCGUCUUAUGUGUCAUUACCUAUCUUUGCUGUGUUAAGAAGAUCGAUCACACACAUUUUAUAUAGAUAAUGAAAUAAAGGAAAAUCAACUUUGGAUGUUACUAUUCAGCUAGUUAUCCAAUAGCAUCAAAGUUUCACCAAAAAACCAUUCAUAUAUUACGCUAAAUAGUUAUUAUAAAUUUCAUAGAAUGAUUCGUUUCUAAGAUAAGAAAGAGAGCCAGAGAGGAGCCUACAGGGGCCCAACAAGCUGUCUUCUGAAUUAACUCUUGAUUUCCCGGGUUGAAACUCAAACCGAAUUUCUCUCUCCACGUGAAAAAAAUUAUCUACUCUGGUAAUAAUAUCAGCCUAUUAACAUAAUACUAUACACAGCCAGCCACACAGUUUACAUAAAAGUCAUCAAUGCAGUAGGCUACAUGGUCAUAUGCUUUAUACAGCUUUCAUGGUGUAAACUUUGAAUUAUUAAGAGAUGAUGUCACAAAAAUAUACUUGUAGAAUCUUUGAAACUGAACCACAAGAAAUACCUCUUGAAAUACCUUUUUGAAAGAGCAUCAUGAAAUUCCUCUGAAUAUGUAUAACAACUUGAAUGUGUAACAAACACACUGAGAUAUGGCCAGAUUAGCAGAGGUUCUUUCUCGUAUUAUUUGUUCUCUGCUCUAAACUUUUUGAACCAAGCCAAAAUAACAGUAAUCUGUAUCUGUUGGAAAACUUCCAAUAUAUCAUUGGCCAAAUCUCAACCAAAUUUUUAAUAUAUUUUCAGCAUUUUGCAUACUUAGAAAUAAUUCAUAGUGUUCUUUUAGGAUAUGCAGUGUAAAGAAAAAAAAUUAUAAAAGUAGAUUUUUAUGAUGUGACAAUUAACAAAUCUAUUGUUGGUUGACCAAUUCAUUGAAUUAACUUAAUACCAUAAGUGAAAGUUUCCAAAUAUCCAAAAGUGACACAAAGCUAGUCAUUGAUUCAUUUGUUUACUGAAUCUAUUUGAUAUUAUGAAGUAAUUAUGGCUUCAAUAAAAUGAUUCAAGGUAGCAUUCUAUCAGCAUAAGAUUAUGCAUGUAAAAUUGUUUCUAAAAUCCAUCUAGUUGGUUUAAAAAUAUUCAAGGCUAGUCCUUUCAGGAGGGGAAGGGGAUUAUUGCAAUACACCUUGGCUUGUAAGGAGUGUACUAUUUUUGUCAAUGAAUUACUUUGGAUAGUGAUGCAGGCCCAUAGCCAGGGGGCAAUGCCACCCCUAGAGCAAGAGAAUACCAGCUGUUUGCCACCCAUAGAAUUUUUCUCCAAUUUUCUUAAUGGGGCUUUUUUGUCGUUUUCAUUGGAUUAUCAUGACAAUUUGAGUCGAGAUAACUCUGACAAAAGGAAAGUUGUUUUCUGGGGGCUUUUAUUACAGGAACCUGAUACCUCUUUACAAAUAUGCAGCAUAAAUAUUUCUGUUCUGGAGAAAACAUUCGAGGAGCUUAGUGUUUUUUCUCAAAGCACUGUGCAAAUGAUCUCUUGAGUGCUUAAAGAUGUGAACUGGCCAGAAAGCAAGCUCAGCUAGCCUAUACUCGCUUUUUAUUAAGUACUUUACUGCUGGCUUCACAUCAACAAAUAGAGACUUUGAAAAAUGCUUGUUUUCUGCAUUAACAAGGAUAGAUUCCCCUCCCUACUCAAAACUUCACUUUAAACUUCGCCUGCAUUUGCCACCCCUACACCAAAGGCCUGGCAACGGGCUUGUAGUGAUGAAAAUAAUGUUUCACCAAGUUUUCAUAUAAAUUUUAGUGUUCCAUACCAUAGGCAAACCUGUACAUGCUUUGAUGCAGAAAACCGCUCUAGAUUGUAAAUCAAAAUUUCAAACUUAAUGAGAUCAUGAGGCA